AAAAAAUUUGUAUACCAAACACACCCUAAAGUGUUCUAAUUUCCAGUUAACUGGAUCUUGCUUUUGCUCUAGUGGCCGGCGGGAUCACCAAAACCCUGCAAAAGCCCUAGCGGGUAAGAUUAUUUCACCUUCAAGCAAUUUGUUAGCCUCUAAUGGCUUCUAUUCUUCGGAAAUCUCUGCAAAACAAAUUUCUAUCAGCGGCAAGAAUUACCACAAUCCUCAGCUCUAAACCUAUACCUACAUCACCUUUGUUCAAUCAUCCUUCUUCCAGUGGGCUUGGUCAAAUCCCACUUUUUCUUAAAGGAGGAACAUCGGAUUCAAAACCGAAUGCUGGGUUUUACCCAAGCUUUUCUUUUGGGCAUUUCCUAAAUCCCAUUUCUCCAAAUGGGUUGAUUUCAUCUGUGGAAGAUAGCGCUGUUGAUGAUGAUUCGCGUAAGAUUUGGGCUGAUAGUGUGAAGAAGAAGAGGAAGAAGAAGAUGAACAAACACAAGUUGAAGAAGUUAAGGAAGCGCCUAAGGAGGAAGACUUAGUGUAUCUGACACUGUGUCAUCGUAUCACAGUGGGGGCUAUGGUUCUUCAUGUCACCAGUCCGUUGGUCCGACUUGUACAUCUUGUUCUCAUGUUGUGGGCUUGUAGUACUUGAAUGUGUGGUUCUGUGUUCUGGACCAAACAGAGCAGGGCAUACCAACAAUGUGGGGUGAUGUGAGGAAAACAUUCAUAGAUUUUGGACCAGGUGUAAGCAGAUACAAACUGAACUUCCAUUGAGCUGUAACUAGUAGCAUAAGCAGUAUUUCGUGCAAAGCGUCAAGAGAAUUCAACUUCUUUUCGUUGCUAAAUCCAUCGAGAAACCUAUAGUAACAGUAAAAAAACACUAGCUGAUUUCUUCUCAUCUGUCUAACUAUUUAGACGAGAUGGAUGCAAGAUGAUCUAGACACCACUAAUCAUAGAAAAAAAAAGACCUUCACUUUUUCCACCUCAAUUACUACAAAGCAGGUGGAAAGGUACAAUAGAUGAGGUAUUCCCUUUCAUCUUUUGAUGACAAAGAAAAAGAAAAGUAGAGGAAUCAACUUUCCCUUUUCAAGUGAGAAAAUCACAACAAAUGAUUAGUAGCAGUUUUUUAGGCAAAGGGGAAGAGAAAUAUUACCUUCUCUUGUGCCACUUUAACUCAAAUCUACUGUAAUUCCGGACAUUCUGCUCAAAUAAUUGCUUAACCCUUCUGUUUUUUC